UCUUGAACAAGUCUUGUAAUGGUGUUUAUUUCAACCAGGAAAGUAAUCACGAGUGGCAAUCGUUGCAUCAUGGAGGUAGUUAACCCAAACUGCCGAAAGUAAACGCCAGUCAACUUCGCCCAUUGUUUUGUUUUAUUUUCAUGAUGAAUCGAUCACACCUUAAACACUAAAAAUCCCAUGAUUAAUUCUUGGCGGGGAAUCAUGGAAGAUUUUCGUCGGUGUUUUUUCAAGAUUCUUCGUCCCCUGUUCAUGUUUCUCAAUUUGUUUUCCGUUUUUCCGGUCUUGUCUGCGUACACCUUACCUGAGAAGCACUUCAUCAACUGCGGCUCCAAUUCAAGCUCCCUGUUCGGCAACAGGACCUUCUUCUCCGACGAGAAUUCCGUCUUAUUCACCGCCGCCGGCCGAACUUUUUCCGACAGUGACCCCAGCCCCGAGGCUAAUCUCUCUGCUAUAUACCAAACCGCAAGAAUUUUCAAGAAUCCCUCGUACUAUGAGCUCCAAACAAACCAAACUGGUACUUACGUGCUACGCCUCCAUUUCUAUCCCUUCUCUUCCUCGCAAAACAACCUCACCCACGCCCGUUUCGACGUUGUCGUUUCCAAGGUUUGGGUUCUGUCCAAUUUCAGCGUCCCAAACAAAACCUCUGCGGUCAAAGAGUUCUUGGUUUCUGUCAAGGAGAGCAAGAUCAGGGUCGAGUUCAACCCUCAAGAAUCCUCUUUUGCCUUCAUAAAUGCAAUAGAAAUGUUUGUAGCGCCUGACAAUUUCAUUCCUGGGUCGGCUUUAUCAGGAACUGGGGACAACGUUUUCCAGGUGAUUCAUAGGAUCAAUGUCGGCGGCUCUGCAAUCCCCCCUGGGAAUGAUACUCUGAUGAGAGAAUGGGUGGGUGAUGACAGGUUUCUGUUCUCCAAAGGCGUGGCGAAGAACGCUACCCGGUAUAGCAAGAAGCCUAAUUAUUUUGAUGGAGGGGCUAGUGAGUAUGAUGCUCCUGAUUAUGUUUACCAGACGGCGAAAGAGGGGAGAAAGACUGACCAGAAUGGGGGUCAGAGGUUCAAUGUGACAUGGAGCUUUAAUGUGGAAGAAAGUGUUAGCCAUUUUGUGAGGCUGCACUUCUGCAACAUCAUUAGUGAGGUGGAGAAUGGGACAGAGUUUAAUCUGUAUGUUAAUGGUGGAUUGAGUAGAUUGAUUCGCCCGCAGGACGUUAACCCCUCUCCGGGUUCGCCUUUCUACUUUGAUUGUGUGGUUGAUUCGGAUGGGUCGGGGGUGAUGAAUAUCAGUGUUGGGGUUCUGGAUGAUGAGCUUAGCCAGGCUGCAUUUCUGAAUGGGGUGGAGAUUAUGCAGGUGAUUCGGGGGGAGGAGAAUUCGAGGGGGAAGAAAAAAUGGGUUUUUGUAGUGAUUGGUGGGUGUUUGGUUGUCGUGUUUCUUGCUGGGAUCGCGCUGUUCUUUUGCUUGAAAUCGAGGAGAAGAAAGCCCCGGGAGGGCGAUGGAGGGGGAACAGAGAUGACUAGUGUGUUCUGCAUGAGUCCUGAUAUGAACCUGGAGCUAAGAGUCCCUCUAGUUGAAGUGAUUUUGGCUACAAACAGGUUUGAUCCCAAGAACAUGAUAGGGGAAGGCGGGUUCGGGAAGGUCUAUAAGGGGACACUGCAGAAUGGAGUGAAGGUAGCAGUGAAACGAAGCGAGCCGGGACACGGGCAAGGUCUGCACGAGUUUCACACCGAGAUAAUGGUGCUGUCGAGAAUUCGCCACCGGCAUCUCGUGUCACUCAUCGGGUACUGCUCGGAACAGGAGGAAAUGAUUUUGGUUUAUGAGUUCAUGGAGAAAGGGACCUUAAGGGAUCAUCUGUAUAGCUUCAAGCCACAACAGUCAGGGAGAUCAGGUUCGUUUUCGGUGCUGUCUUGGGACCAAAGGCUGGAGAUUUGCAUAGGUGCAGCUAAGGGUCUGCACUACCUGCACACCGGGCUAGACGGGCCGAUCAUUCAUCGGGACAUCAAGUCUGCCAACAUUCUUCUCGACGAGAAUUAUGUAGCCAAGGUUGCAGAUUUUGGGCUGUCCCGGUCAGGGCCUAACGAUUUGUCACAUAUAAGUACUGACGUUAAGGGCAGCUUUGGUUACUUGGAUCCCGAGUAUUUCAGGUGCCUACAGCUUACCCAGAAGUCUGAUGUGUACUCUUUCGGGGUGGUCCUUCUCGAGGCCCUUUGCGCUAGGCCGGCCGUGAACAACAUGCUGGCAAGGGAGGAAGUGAAUUUGGCUGAUUGGGGGAUGUUUUGGCAGAAGAAAGGGGAGCUUGACAAGAUCAUUGAUCCUCUGCUAGUAGGGAAGAUUGACCCGAAUUCACUCAGGAAAUUCGGGGAAACUGUGGAGAAGUGUCUGCAGGAGUAUGGAGUUGACAGGCCUAAUAUGGUUGAUGUGGUGUGGGACUUGAAGUAUGCCUUGCAGCUUCACCACACCGCGAUGAAGCGUGAGCUGCAACCCGAGGACGACAGCAGGACCGGGUACUCGUGGCAGCUCCCACCCCCGGUUUUCCAUCGCUUUCCUUCCCACAUCAUGCCAAUAGACCGAGAUGAGGAAACCGAGCACCUGACCGACAGCCUUGGCACGAGCCAUUCCUCUCCCAGCGCGGUUUUCUCCCAGCUCAGAAUCAACGAUGCCCGGUGACCAUAUCCUUGAUUGACAACACAUCAUUCAGUUUGGUAUCAGAGCCUCAUCUCUCGAGGGAACGUUUCACAUGUAUACUCAAUAAUAUAAUGUAGCCAUGUUUGGAUUGACCAGCAGAAAAGCUAGUGGCUUUGUAUACUUGUUUCAUUUUUAUAUAAUCAUCUUUUU